AUGCCGGGGCCGCGGGCCCUAGUCGCUGCCGCCGCGCUGCUGCUGUCUUUGCCGGUCCCCGCCGCGGCUCGCAGCCCUGGGACUGCCAGCUGCGACUUACCCCCGGCCGGGCGUUUCGACUGCGGCCCCGAGCGGCUCGUGUCCCGGGAGGACUGCGAAGCACGGGGCUGCUGCUACGUGCCCGCCGGUCCCGGUCCUGGCCCACCCUGGUGCUUCUUUCCCCAGGGCUACCGGAGCUACCGGGCGGAGAACCUGACAGCUACCGCCACUGGCUACUCCGCCCGGCUCCGCCGCGUAGCUGCUAGCUUCCUGCCGGGGGACGUGGGCUGCCUGCGGCUGGACCUGGCGCUGGAGACCGCCACCCGCCUGCGCUUCACGCUCCGGGACUUGGCCCGGCAGCGUUACGAGGUGCCGCUGGCCACACCGCGGGCCAGCGGCCGAGCCACCUCCACGCUUUACGAGGUGCAGGUGAACCAGGAUCCCUUCGGCCUCGUCGUCUACCGGCAGCGGGACGGACAGGUCUUGUUGAACACCACCGUCGCUCCCCUCUUCUUUGCAGACCAGUUUCUGCAGAUCUCUACCUCCUUGCCCUCUCGUUUUGUUUCUGGGCUGGGGGAGCACCUGACACCACUUAUCCUCAACACAACAUGGACUAGGGUCACCCUCUGGAAUCGGGACAUGGCGCCUGUGCCCCAGGUCAACCUCUACGGCUCCCACCCUUUCUACCUGGUGAUAGAGGAUGGUGGUUCGGCUCAUGGUGUCUUUCUGCUGAACAGCAACGCAAUGGAUGUGCUGCUGCAGCCCAGUCCAGCCCUGACCUGGCGCACAACAGGUGGGAUCCUGGACUUCUACAUCUUCCUGGGCCCUGAUCCCAAGAGUGUGGUGCGGCAGUACCUGGAUGUUGUUGGAUACCCUUUCAUGCCCCCAUACUGGGGCCUGGGCUUUCACCUCUGCCGCUGGGGCUACUCCUCCACUGAUAUCACCCGGCAGGUCGUGGCCAAUAUGUCAGCAGCUCGCUUCCCUCAGGAUGUACAGUGGAAUGACCUGGAUUAUGCAGAUGCCAAGAGGGAUUUCACCUUCAACAAGAAAAGCUUUAAGGACUACCCAGAGAUGGUGCAGGACUUCCACCGCCGUGGCCUGAGGUACAUCAUGAUUGUGGAUCCUGGGAUCAGCAGCUCAGGACCUCCUGGCACCUACAAGCCGUACGACGAGGGACUGAAGCGAGGCGUGUUCAUCAGAAACACCACGGGGCAGCCCCUGAUUGGGAAGGUCUGGCCAGGUCCAACAGCCUUCCCAGACUUCACCAACCCAGAGACUCAUGAGUGGUGGCAUGACAUGGUGAAGGACUUCCAUGACCAAGUGCCCUUUGAUGGCAUGUGGAUUGACAUGAACGAGCCCUCAAACUUUGUGGAUGGCUCCCAGGAUGGCUGUCCCAACAACGACCUGGAGCAGCCACUCUAUGUGCCAGGUGUGUUUGGAGGACGCCUCCAAGCUGGGACCAUCUGUGCCUCCAGCCAGCAGUACCUCUCCUCGCACUACAACCUGCACAGCCUCUAUGGGCUGACUGAGGCCAUCGCCACCCACGAUGCACUGCUGAGGAUCCGUGGCAACCGUCCCUUUGUCAUCUCACGCUCCACAUUUGCUGGGCACGGGCGCUACGCAGGACACUGGACAGGGGAUGUUGGCAGCAACUGGGAGCAGCUGUACUACUCUGUACCAGAGGUGCUGCUCUUCAACCUCUUUGGAGUGCCACUGGUGGGUGCUGACAUCUGUGGCUUUGCUGGUGACACAUCGGAGGAGCUGUGUGUGCGCUGGACCCAGCUGGGAGCCUUCUACCCCUUCAUGAGGAAUCACAACGACCACGGUGCCCGGUCACAGGAGCCAUAUGCCUUCAGCCCAGCAGCCCAGGCAGCCAUGAGGAAUGCUCUCCACCUCCGCUACUCCCUCCUGCCCUUCCUCUACACCCUCUUCCACCGAGCUCACUCGGCCGGGGAGACGGUGGCACGGCCUCUCUUCCUCGAGUUCCCUAAGGACCCCAACACAUGGACUGUGGACCGCCAGCUCAUGUGGGGUGGGGGGCUGCUCAUCACACCUGUGCUGGAGGCAGGAAAGACCAAAGUCAGUGGCUACUUCCCGGCGGGGACGUGGUACAGCCUCACAGGGGACUCCACCAUCCACAGCAAAGGGCAGUGGAUCCUCUUACCAGCUCCCCUGGACACAAUUAAUGUUCAUGUCCGUGCUGGGCACAUCCUGCCCUUGCAGGAGCCUGCAUUCAGCACUGCCCAGUCCCGCAAGAAGGGCAUGGCCUUGGUCGUGGCACUGACACUGGAUGGCUUUGCCAGAGGAGACCUAUUCUGGGAUGAUGGAGAGAGCUGGCAGAGCUUUGAGAAUGGGGACUACACUGAGAUCCUCUUUCUGGCCACUCAUGGUGCUGUGCUCAGCCAGCUGCUACAGGCGAGUGCCCACCUCGAUGGGGUCCUGCUGGAGGCUGUCACUGUGCUGGGUGUCACCAGCCCUCCCCGGCAAGUCCUGGCCAAUGGUGCCCUUGUGGGUGACUUCUCCUAUCGCAGUGACACCCAGGUGCUGAGAGUUCCUGUAUCACUGCCCAUGUGGGAGCAGUUUGUGAUCACAUGGUCCUGAGCCCAGGCUGGAUCGGUGCUGCUCAGCAGGGAGAGGGAAUUCUGUUCCCUCCCUCUCUGGAGCCUAA